AUGAGUUCUUUAAGUUGGAAUUGUAGGGGACUUAGAAACAUCAGUUCCCAAUCUGUAGGGUUUAUUUCCAGCUUAGCUUCUUCUAGUAAUUUAGAUUUUAUUUUUCUGUCUGAAACUAAGAGUCAGGUGUCUUUACUAGAGCCUAUUUUUAGUAGGUUGGGUUUCAAGGGUUGUACGGGGGCUGACUCGAAUGGCAGCAAAGGGGGUCUCUUUUUAUGUUGGUCGAAGAAUGUAGCUGUUUCAAUUAUCGUAGUUUCCCAAAACUAUGUUUGUUGUAGUACUUCUGAUGUAACGGGUAAUGAAUAUUUUGUAGCGUUUGUUUAUGGUUCGCCUUACGUUUCUGAUCGGUCGGAGGUUUGGGAUAAUCUGUCAAGUAUCAUGGACAAUAAUAAGGGGAAAUGGAUGUUAAUAGGAGACUUUAAUCAAGUGGAAAGCAAUGACCAAAAACUCGGGGGCUCUAAUAACUUAAAAGGCGCAACAAAUUUCAUUGAAUGGAAACUCAUGAACCAGUUAAUGGAUCUACCAUAUCAAGGGGUUAACUAUACUUGGACAAACAACAGGGUGAAUAAGGAUGCAAUAUACGAGCGAAUUGACAAAGCCUUCUGCAACGAGGAAUGGAGAGAAAAUUUUCCAGAUGCGGAGGUCUGGAAUCUCCCCAUUUUACUGUCAGAUCACAGCCCUUUAAUUCUACAUGUUCAGGAGAAAAAGAAAAGUUCAAAGAAAAGACCAUACAGAUUAGAUGCAUGGAGUUUAAAUCAUCCGGAAAUCCUUGAUAUAAUCAAGGAGGAUUGGAAGCGGGCCCAGGAAGGGUCACCUUCCUAUGUGCUGCAAAGAAAACUCCAAUGUAGUCUAAGAAGUAUUAGGGAGUGGAGCUUAUCUUUUAAGAAAAAGAACAAGAUUGACUGGGUAGACAUCAACACCUCUCUCACUGAACAUCAAAAAGGAAUUCUGGAUCACCACCAAGCUGAAACAGAUCAAAAUUCUAGAAACUAUAUUCUUAAUUCCCUGGAAGUGAAGACAGAAUACUGGAAACAAAGAGCUAAAUCUAGGUGGGAUGAGCUUGGAGAUAAAACAUCAGCGUUCUUCUAUAAGAGCGUCAAAGGGAGGUCCACAAGGAAUGAGAUCAAGGCUUUAAAGGAUUUGGAAGGAAACUGGACCUCAGAUCAAUUGAAGAUCAAAUCUUCCUUCUUGGAGAGCUUUAAGGACAUUUAUCGAUGUGGUCUAACAGAAGGCUCAAAAAUUGACCAAGAUGAUCCUAUUUUCUCUCCCAUCGCUUCUCUGUCCCAACAUCACAUUAAUCUUCUUAACACUCCUUUCUCAGAAAAGGAGAUAAAGGAUGCUUGUUUCAGCGCCAGCCCUCUCAAAUCUCCGGGGCCUGACGGUAUUCCUCCAGUUUUCUUUCAAAAAAAUUGGAGCAUUGUGGGCCAAGAUGUUAUCAGAAGUGUCAACUCAUUUUUGAGUUCAGGUUUCAUGUUGAGGGAGCAGAAUAGGACUUUCAUAACUCUCAUUCCAAAAAUAGACAGACCACAGGAACCCAAAGAUUUCAGACCAAUCAGUCUUUGUAACACCUCCUACAAGAUCAUUGCUAAAACACUAGUGAGUAGGCUACGAUUGGUUAUGGGAGAUAUCGUAGACAAAUAUCAAAAUGCUUUCGUUCCUGGAAGACAGAUGUCGGAUAACUGCUUCAUCUCUCAUGAAAUAAUUAAUUGGGUCAGAAAGAGGAAGAACGGGAAUAGCUUUGCUGGUAUCUUGAAAGUUGACCUAAGUAAAGCUUAUGAUAGGAUUAGAUGGGACUUUGUUGAGGCGAUGCUCAGAAGGAUGAACUUCCCCGAAACGUGGAUAAAUUGGCUAAUGCAAUGUAUCUCUACAGUUUCGUAUUCUAUUUUGGUCAACGGGGAACCUUCUGAUUCUUUCUUCCCUAAGGUGGGCCUAAGACAAGGUGAUCCUCUUUCGUCUUUCAUCUUCAUUUUAUGUAUGGAGGUUCUUUCGAGAAACCUCUCCCAUAUGCAAUUUUCAAGGGAAUUAGAAGGACUAAAGAUAGCAAAAUCCGCUCCUCAAAUUUCUCAUCUCUUCUUCGCCGACGAUGCUUUGUUUUUCUUCAAAGCUAACCCCAAAAAUUGCUGGGCAAUCAAAUCAAUUCUCACAUCCUUCUGCGAAAAAUCUGGGGAAAUGAUUAACUUCGAAAAAUCACAUGUUAUCUUUAGUCCUAACACUCCACAAAAGUUCAGGAGGCUAAUGAGGAGACCCCUAGGUGUCAAGGAUAAAAACGAAAUUGGUUCUUAUUUGGGUUGUCCGAUGGAGGUGGACGGAAGGUCUACCUCCGUCUUCAAUAGCAUUGUGUCAAAAGUGGCGGAUAAGAUUUCGUCAUGGAAAUUCAUUAACCUCUCUCAAACCGGGAAGUUAAUUCUCAUUAACACUAUCCUAAUAUCUUUAGCCUCGAACAUAAUUUCCAUUUACAUGCUUCCCAAAAGAAUCACAAAAAAAAUCACUUCUAUGCUCCUGAAAUUUUGGUGGUCUUCUUCAAUGGACAAAAAACCGAUUUAUUGGAAAAAGAGGGAGUUGAUUGAAAAACACAAGUCUCAAGGUGGGCUGAGCUUCAGGAACAUUUCGAAUGUGAAUAAGGCUAUGCUCUUUAAUCAAGCUUGGAGAAUCCACAAAAAUAAGGAGUCAUUAGUGCAUCAGAUUUUUGUUGCAAAGUAUAAGAAAGAUCCUAUCCAAAUGGCUAUGGAUGGCGAGACUCCAAAAAAUUGCUCCUUCGCCUUUCGUAGCCUCUUCGGAGCUAGCAAAGCUUUGAAAGAUGGCAUGUUCAAGAAGCUUGGGAACGGGAAAUCGAUUAGAAUGGAAUCAGAUAGAUGGCAUCCAGGCAAGAUUAUGAAACCUAAGCCUAUUGAGAACCAAGACCCUCUCAAUCAGCUCCUUUGGGUUUCGGAUUUAAUCGAUCAAAGCAAGAAUUGGAAACCUUCUAUCAUAUGGAAAUUGUAUUCCCUGGAGGAUGCGAAAGAGAUCCUCGCAACUCAUAUCCCAAGGGAAGAAAUCGAAGACGAGAUUGGGUGGAGUCAGACCAAGAAUAGAAGAUAUUCAGUAAAAUCAGGCUACUGGUUUCUCAAUGGAGAUCGCCAGGUUCAGCCCUCUAACACAGUAUUCUGGAACCAGUUCUGGAAAGCAGAUAUUUUCCCGAAGUGGAAGCACUUCCUAUGGAAAAUCCUAAAUAACGCCUUGCCAACAGCGGACAACCUUUUAAAGAGAAGAAUUCCAGGUAUCAAACAAAUGUGCUGCCUUUGUAAUUCUCAUAAUGAAACUCCAGUUCAUCUAUUUAGGGAUUGUGUUAUGACCCAAAGGAUCUGGAGUACUUCCCUAGGGAUCGUGGCCUCAAAUGGUAAUCACUUAACGGUGCAAGAGUGGAUCAAAAAUUUUUUAAAUCUUUUUAAAAAGAGAAAAAGAGAAGAUUCCCUCAGAAUGGAAAUUGACUUCAUCUCAACCUUAUGGGGUAUUUGGGUUCAUAGGAAUGAAAUCAUAUUCAAAGGUGCUUCCCCUAGUCCUGGAAGAAUUAUGGAGGUUAUUACGGAUCAUUCGCGCAGAUCAUAUUGUAUAAGGGAAAAAAGAGAGAGGAUGCAGGACCUUCAGCACUUGGGUUUCGAAGGUGACGCGAGCAAGAAUCUUGAAUGGCUUAUGGGUGAAAGGAAUACUGCGAAUGUGCAAACAAUUGUAGUGGAUGGAGCGUGGAAAAAGAAUCAUAAAUCAAACCAUUGGCAAGCGGCAAUUGCUUGGAAGAAUGUUACCAAGGAUUCUCAAGAGGAAGCGUCUACGAGGAUUUUCGCAAACUCAGCGGAACAGACAGAAGCCUAUGCUAUUCUGAAAGGGGUAACGGAUAUGGAAUGGAGAUGCUCAGGACUUAUAAUUAAAUCAGACAAUUCUGAAAUCAUCAAAGCACUGAAGAGCGAUACAGUAAUAAACAAGAAUCUGGAAAACAUAGUAAGAGACAUCAAAAGGCUAGCCCGGGCUACUAAUCAUGUCACAGGUGAGAAGCCAUGGUUGUUUGAUGUUAUGGAGGCUAUUGAUUGUCUCAUUGGCCUCCCUAAUGGUCCCUUAGUCGUUGCUACUCACAAGGGUCCAAUUAGAAUAUUUGAACAUUUCACCCUUACUAAUGUUCUUUUUGCGCCUAAAGAUUCAAUGAGGGAGCUGAUUGGAAUGAAGCUUAGACCGGAUGAACUUUACUACUUCUACAAGAAUGCUCCUGUGAUGUCGGUUUCUCUUCACAAAGUUGCUUCAAACUCCAAACUUUGA